CGCGCUUGCGCUGGGCCACUGCGCCGUGGUGACUUCCUGCAGGUCUGGUGUGUCGAGGCUACCUUCCCUCCCGCAGCCUUUGCGUUCGCUAAGCUGGAGUUGCCGAGCCUGCAGGGCCGAGGCCGGAGCUUCCGGGGCGGCAGCGAACAGACUCGGCUGUGCGGGCUAGGGAGGCCUAGCGAGAGCUCGGCGCGGAGGCUGACAGGGGCAGCGGAGACGCCUGCUCGUGUGUAUAAGCUGCGAUUUCACUUGGUGGUUCCCAGGCGAGAGACAUGUCCCUGUGUAGACCAGUUAAUCUCCGAUUUCAGCGAGCUUUUCCUCCAGCAGGUCAGUCAGCAGUGUCUACAGUUCCCCCAAGAGGAGCAGAACAUGAGCAGAUCAAAGGGCCCACUGUCAUUCAAGGAUGUGGCUGUGGCCUUCUCCCAGGAGGAGUGGCAGCAGCUGGACCCUGAGGAGAGGACCACAUACAGGGAUGUGAUGCUGGAGACCUACAGCAACCUCGUCUCCGUGGGGUAUGACGUUACCAAGCCAAACAUGAUUAUUAAGUUGGAGCAGGGAGAAGAGCCCUGGACAGUGGAAGGUGACCGCCAUGCUCAGAGGCAUUUGGAAAUCAGUAAAGUUUAUGACCCCAGAGAAGGAAUUGAGGAAAUUGGCGAGAAACAUCUGCAGUGCGAUGAUGAUCCCUACUGCUGGAGAGCUGAGAAGGGGGCUGCUUUUGAUGAAGCCUACACCCUCGAAACAGCCCUCAUUUCCCCCAGCUCAGGUGCUCACAGCUGUGUCUCCUGUGGGGAGACCCUGGAGUCUGUUUCAGAACUGAUUAGCAGUGACGGAAGCUAUGCACUGGAGAAGCCCAGCAUGUGUUUUGAGUGUGGGAAAGCAUACGGAGAAAGCCUUGAAGACUUCAACCAAGAUGAGGGUAACUCCUCUCAACACGAUGAAAAUAUUUUGCAGAAAGUCACCAUUUUGGAGAAACCCUUUGCUUAUGAGUGCAUGGAAGCCUUAGACAGUGAAAGUGUUUUCAUGGCUCGUGAGAGAGCUUACAUGGGGGAGAAGCCCUAUGACUGGGGAGACUCUGGACCAGACUUCAUCCAGAUGUCGGACUUCAGUACAUAUCCGAGAUCACAAAUGGAACUGAAGCCCUUCGAAUGUACACAGUGUGGGAAGUCCUUCUGUAAGAAGUCCAAAUUCAUCAUCCACCAGAGAGCUCACACAGGAGAGAAGCCGUACGCUUGUAGUGUGUGUGGAAAGUCCUUCAGUCAAAAGGGAACCCUCACUGUACAUCGGAGAUCGCACUUAGAGGAGAAGCCCUAUAAGUGUAAUGAGUGUGGGAAGACCUUUUGUCAGAAGUUACACCUCACACAGCACCAGAGGACUCACUCAGGAGAGAAGCCCUAUGAAUGUAGCGAGUGCGGGAAGUCCUUCUGCCAGAAGACACACCUCACUCUCCACCAGAGGAAUCACUCAGGCGAGAGGCCCUACCCGUGUAAUGAAUGUGGGAAAUCCUUCUCCCGGAAGUCUGCCCUCAAUGACCAUCAGAGGACACACACAGGAGAGAAGCUCUAUAAGUGUAAUGAGUGUGGGAAAUCCUACUACCGGAAGUCCACCCUCAUUACACACCAGAGGACACACACAGGGGAGAAGCCCUAUCAGUGUAGUGAGUGUGGGAAAUUCUUCUCUCGGGUGUCGUACCUCACCAUACACUAUCGGAGCCAUUUAGAAGAGAAACCUUACGAGUGUACAGAAUGUGGGAAAACCUUCAAUCUAAACUCUGCUUUCAUUAGGCACUGGAAGGUCCAUGCAGAAGAGAGAGUCCAGGAGUGUGGCGAGUGUGGGAAGCCAUCCCCGCUGCAGUGUGCCCCUGAUCACACAGGCGACCUAGGAGAGAAGCGCUAUGAGUGUAAUGAGUGUGGAAAGACCUUCCUUGACAGCUCGGCCUUCCAUAGGCACCAGUCCGUCCCUGAAGGGGAGAAAACUUACGAGUGUAAUAUAUGCGGAAAGUCCUUCUCGGAUUCGUCAUGCUACACUGUGCACUACAGAGGUCAUUCCGAAGAGAAGCCCUUCGGGUGCAGUGAAUGUGGGAAGACCUUCUCUCAUAACUCAUCCCUCUUCAGACAUCAAAGGGUCCACACCGGCGAGAAGCCGUACGAGUGUUACGAAUGUGGGAAGUUCUUCUCUCAGAAGUCGUAUCUCACUAUCCAUCACCGGAUCCAUUCGGGAGAGAAGCCCUACGAGUGCAGCAAGUGUGGGAAAGUGUUCUCGCGGAUGUCGAACCUCACCGUACACUACCGAAGCCAUUCAGGAGAGAAGCCGUAUGAGUGCAACGAGUGUGGGAAAGUCUUUUCUCAGAAGUCGUACCUCACCGUGCAUUACCGGACUCAUUCAGGAGAGAAACCUUAUGAAUGUAACGAAUGUGGGAAAAAAUUCCACCACAGAUCAGCCUUCAAUAGCCAUCAGAGAAUUCAUAAAAGAGGCACUGUAAAUGUACUCACUGUAGAAAAGCUCUGACAUGCCAAGGUUUUUAAAUUUUUUUUUGGUUUUGGUUUUGGUUUUUUUGAAACAGGGUUUCUCUGUGUAGCCCUGGCUGUCCUGGAACUCAUUCUGUAGACCAGGCUGGCCUCGAACUCAGAAAUCCGCCUGCCUCUGCCUCCCGAGUGCUGGGAUUAAAGGUGUGUGCACCACCACUGCCCAGUGACAUCUCAGUUCUUAAGAAAAGCAUUUGGUUAUAGUGAACAUUGGAAGUCCAACAGGUAGUCAAGGGUGGACCCCCCUCAACCCCCCCCCCCAAUUUUCAAUAUAUGUGGUGCUGGGAUUCUGGGCCUUUUGCAUGCUAUAGACAUUCUGCAAGAUUCACGAGCUGAGCAUCCACGCUCUUGAGUGUGGAGUCCUAAAACAAAGUCCAUUUUAACUUGAGCUUUCAGAGAGGAAUCUGUGAAGCAACCCAUGACCGUAUGACUUAUGGGACACUAGGUCAUCUUUACAGGAGUGAACCUUUGAAAGUAUUUAAUAUUUAUUUUUAUUUAAAUCGUAUUUACAUAUCAGGGAGUUCUGCUGUGAGCUGUCAGCUCCUGAGUAUAACUCGCCUUGGAAACGCACACUAAAAGCCAUAUUUCUGACCGACGUUACCACGGGUGUUCAUGGAAAAGAUGCAAGAAGCUAUGAGUUCCGAAUAAACUUAUAAAAUGAAGUCAUGAAGCCAGCAGUUGAGCAUGAGGGUGACUGAAACACGGCACUUCUGCUGUUCUAGACACGCAAUUGAACAGUCUCUAUGCAAUGUUUCGCAAUCUCGGCUUUGAAUCAUUUGUGAGAACAUGUCAGCAAGGAUUAAAAUGACUGUUACAGUGGGUACAUGGGUGGGAUGUGCUAGCUGAUAGGGAAGUACAUAGCUUUCUAUGUCGGUGCUUACCCGUAGAGUGGUUUUUGUAAAAAUAUUUUCAACUGGAAUUGAGCAAAAAAAUUUUUUAAAUACUAUUUUGAUAAACC